GGGUGGUGCAGACGGAGGGGGGGCAGGUUAAGGGAAAGAACGUCAGAGUGUCUUUGUUGUUCCGGAGCGUUGACGUCUUCAAAGGCAUCCCCUUCGCUGACGUACCUGGAAAGUGGGAGAAGCCGAAACCACACCCAGGAUGGGACGGAGUCAUGAAGGCGGAUACAUAUCGGGAUCGCUGCCUGCAGGUGACGCUGCUGCAGAAAAAAACCCAUGGCAGCGAGGACUGUCUGUACCUGAACAUCUUUGUUCCACAGGGACGUAAAUUGUCGAAGAACCUCCCUGUUAUGGUGUACCUGUUCGGGGGGGCCUUCCUUUUGGGGGCGUCUAACGAUAUUUCGUUCCUCGGGGAGUCGCUGUACGACGGGAAGGAGAUUGCCGACCGCGGAGACGUCAUCGUGGUGACGGUGAAUUACCGGGUCGGACCGCUCGGGUUCCUCAGCUCCGGAGACGCCCGGCUGCCAG